CCAGCGGCCCAGACACUCCCGAAGUGAAGUUCCUUCACAGACGCAUCUGCUGAGACUGUACUCACAGCGAAGAGCCCGCCGGCAACAUGUGCAAAGGACUGGCCGCCCUGCCCCACUCCUGCCUGGAAAGGGCCAAGGAGAUUAAGAUCAAGUUGGGGACACUCCUGCAGAAGCCAGACCCAGCUGCCGACCUGGUCAUUCCCUACAACGAGAAGCCUGAGAAGCCAGCCAAGACCCAGAAGCCGUCGCCGGAGGAGGCCCUGCAGUGGCGCGACUCCCUGGACAAGCUCCUGCAGAGCAGCUAUGGACUUGCCAGCUUCAAGAGCUUCCUGAAGUCUGAAUUCAGUGAGGAGAACCUGGAGUUCUGGAUGGCCUGUGAGGACUUCAAGAAGACCAAGUCGGCGGCCAAGAUGGUGGAGAAGGCAAAGAAAAUUUAUGAAGAGUUCAUCCAGACCGAGGCCCCUAAAGAGGUGAACAUCGACCACUUCACCAAGGACAUCACAGUGAGAAACCUGGUGGAGCCCUCGCCGAGCAGCUUCGACGUGGCCCAGAAGAGGGUGCACGCCCUGAUGGAGAAGGAUUCGCUGCCCCGCUUCGUGCGCUCGGAGUUCUACCAGGAGUUCAUGAAGUAGCCGGGCAGCGGCCGGAGAGUCGUCCUGUGAGUUGCUCCUCCACGACCCCUGCGUUCCCAGCAGACGACUCUCCUCCCUCCGGGCUCAGCUCCCCGACACCCACCGGGGCCCGGGCGGCUCACACGCUCUGCCAGCAUUGUCUGAAAGGCUUCUUUCCCAGUGUCCUUGUCCUGCCCCCACUCCUCACUACGCGCCACUCAGAUCAUAUGCCUGAGAGCGCGCUGCUGCCAAACCCGAUCAGCACAGCUAAGUUCUGUCCAAGGCAAGGGACCAUAGGAAGCGCGGGCAGCGCUGAGCGCGCCGCGUUGGGAAGACAGGGACCACCCCGCCUUGGUCUGGCAAAGCACAGGGUGGAGGCUGGUUGCACGAGGUCACGGGUCUUGUUGUUGGAAUUCUGAUCUGGGGCGUCACCCGCCAAAUCAUUUCUGACCUUGGUUAGUAAAAGCUGGCAAGAGUUUUAUGAGUCAGCCACUAUCCAAUUUCUUAAGCAAGUUAUUUAAAAUGUUGAUCUUCCCCUUAGAGAAUCUUCAUGUAGCUGGAGGUUAUAAGCAAGAGAUGCAAUCAGGAAUAGGUUGUGUUUGUACAUCAUCUAUGUGAGCACAUCGAUACCAAUUUUUCCCCAAGCCUCCCCAGACACCCCCAUAAAGUUCCAAAUUCUGUAUGAAAUCCAUGACCUGAGAUCGGCAACGGGCUCUGUCAUAGCUGCAGCUCUCCUCCAGCGUGUGGGCCCACAGCUUCCAUGUUCGUGCAGUUUCCAAUCCGUGCCCGUAUAAAAGUCUGACAUUUCAACACCAGAACGCGAACUAAAGCAGCUGCUGUUUCUCACCCCAACGUCGAGGGCUGGAUACGAAAUCGGGAAACGCCAUCCCCUGGAAUGACUGACAUCCUGGUCGCUGUCUGUUCGUAAAUGCCGAUGACAACACCCCGUUGUCUCUGGAAAGUGGACUUGACUGAUGUGGGGGUUUGUAAGUGAGCAAGAGCUUUAAAAUACCCUGUGUUUGGUCAAGUAACACCCCUUUAGCCGCCCAUUCCCGCCUCCCCCCACCAUUGCCACCACAGUGCGCACAGCCCCGCCCGCCUCGGCUGCCCGUGCCACCUGCUGAGUUCACACCUCAUUCCACAUUUCACUGUGUGAGUCCUGGGUGGGCCGUCUUUGUCUUCAUCUUCAGUAGGUCUGAUUAGGUGAGUCAUUAUUUACCUGGACGGAGUGGUAAGGAGAAUCACAGCAAACCCAGUAAGAGGUUGACUAGGUGAGGCCACUGAGUGAAUUCCAUGAGAACGUGCUGGGAAGGGCUAAUGACAUCCUGACUGUUCCGCAGAGGGUCCCCUUGCUCCGUGCUAGCGCCCGCCCCACCUCCUUCCCGUGGCGUUCGCGCUCCUGGUUCCCACGCUUGCAGCCCCUGUGGCAGCUGUUCCCUCAGAGCAGGAGCGUGAAGCCGUUAUGUCACCGCAUCCACCUGCAGGAGGGUGUAGGGAGGUUCCUCCUGUUCCUGUCCCCUCGAAGGCAGCCUCGCGGCCAGAGCCUUCUGCCCGCUGCCAGGCUGCACGGGCGGCGCAGGCCACUGCCAGCCCCGUCCCUGUGGGGUGAGUGGUCACAUUUGUCAAGAAAGCCCCUUCAAGGACACACUGUCACAGCCCUGGACAGUAGGGCCAGGCCACGCCUCAGUCAUGAAGGUGACCGCACAGCAGGGCAGCCGCUCGGGGACCGCUGGCACCUCCUCCCCUGAGUCCACACCUGCCGUUACAUCCCAGCCCUUCACCUUCUCACGCAGCCAGAAGCCAGCAGCCAAAGGGGCUAGGCCACUCAUUUUCCCUUGGAUGCCAAAGCAUUUUUAAGAACAUUUUAAAUUUACUUAAAAAUUCAGAUAUGCUAUGCACAUGUUUGAAAAUGCCCAGAGAAUCAGCUAGAUAUUGUAGCCCAGAGGUUCCCAUUGACAGACGUGGGCUGUCGGAACCCGGUGGGCCGUGCGCCCUGCCCUGCCAGUGUGUAGAAUUGUUCACCUUGCACACGCUGACCCCUGGAGGCAGAGGCGGGAGACCCCGAGGGCAGCUGUGGAGGCUACAGAGAAAGGAACGCCUUCCAAGCACAUGGUGACAUGGGUACAUACAUGUACAUGCAAUUUAAAAUUUCAAGCCAUAGACACACACACACGAAGCUCUUCACUGUAUGAAUACAAUGAGGAAUACAGGUAUCACACCCCCUAAUAAAAAUUGCAAACACAUCAAAGUUGCCCUAGAAAAUGUCUUUGAAAUCUUUUGGAAGUAUUUUUAAACUUAGAAAAAAGAGAAAAAAGAAAAACUGUGUUACUAGACAUCUCCAUGGUAACACAAAGACAAUACAUUCUUUUAUUCUGGGCAGUUAGACAACCUAGGAUGCCCUUCCCGGGAAAGAAACUGUGCACCACCUGCUUCUCGGUGGCUCCGCCCUCCGACCCCUCCCCAAGGACACCCCUGGGGAAGGAGGGCGGUGCGGAAGGUGUGGGUACAGCCAGUCAGCCUGGGUGCAGACAGUGGUCAGGGGAGCGGGGGGCAUCGUGUCUCCUUCUUGGGGGGAACAGGGUCCGGCCAGGGACGCCAUCACGGAGUCUUUCUGCCUGCGUUGAGGUAGUUUUAAGUUGAACCAGAAGCAAGACUCAGACUGUGGAUUCUGUGUUCCAUGUUUGUCUACUAAAGCGGCACUUGUUCAUAUGAACACCCUA